AUGAAUAAUUAUUUCCGAAUAUGGAUUCGAACUUUUGCUAAGUUAGCUGCAUUCAGACCUCGUCCUAUUGUCGUAUCAGGACCCAGCGGGUCUGGUAAAAGUACACUAAUCAAUCAACUAUUCAAAGAAUAUCCAACAGCAUUUGCUUUCAGUGUUUCCCAUACUACACGAACAGCUCGACCUGGCGAACAAAAUGCUCGCGAAUAUUAUUUUGUACCCCGACAUCAAAUGGAAAAAAUGAUUGCACAGCGUGAAUUUCUUGAAAUAACAGAAUUCUCCUCGAAUCUCUAUGGUACAAGUAAAAACGCUGUUGAAGAUGUGGCAAAAACAGGUCGUAUAUGUGUACUUGAUGUUGACAAACAAGGUGUUAAAAGUAUUCGAAAAACAGAUCUUCAUCCAUUAUUCAUCUAUAUAAGUCCACCAAGUUAUGAAAUUCUCGAGCAACGUUUACGUGCGCGUAAAACAGAUAGUGAAAGUGCUAUUCAAAAGCGUUUACAAGAAUCAAAAGAAUCAAUGGAAUUCAGUAAAGAACCAGGUGUUUAUGAUCAUAUUGUAUUAAAUGAUAAACUUGAUGUUGCUUAUAAAGAUUUAAAAGAAAUUCUUCAUAAAGAUAUUGAAGUAGUUUUACAACAGCAAAAACUUCAUAAUGCUGAUCGAAAAUAG